UUACACAGCUUGAAAGGCACGACGCAACUGAAGUUAAAACCCAAAAUAUUACAAGGAAAUAUUCUCACUCGUCAUCAGGCUCUGGUUCACGGCAUAUACCUGAAACAGGCACAAUUGCUAAUCUCGCUCCGCAGACGGUUGAGCAGAAGGAGACGGGCCAAUUGACCCAGCCAGACGAAGACGACACUGACGCUAACGAGAUGGAGCGCCGUUACCUUAAGAAUCCGUAUCCCGACUUUGCUGGCGGAGAAAACACUCCACUGGCCAGCGAUGAGGAGCACAUUAAGAAUCUUAUUUGCACCUAUGUCGAUGCCAUAUUGGAGCAUUGCCACCCCAAUAACGACGAAGAGGACAAUCGUGGCGACUUGUAUGUAGGCAAUGCAGGCAUUGCCUAUAUGUUCUGGAAGCUAUCCAGCUGUGAGCAGACACGCGACUUGUAUCCAGCGCUUGAGCAUGCUGCCGCGUUUAUUCGUAAUGCCAAGGCGAAUGCAAAGCGCUACAAGAAGCGCUCAUCGGAGCGUUAUUCGUUCCUGUGUGGCAAUGCAGGCAUUUAUGCCGUAUCGGCAGCUAUCUCACAAGCUGCCAAGGAUACCGAGGAGCUGUCCAAUGAUUUGGCCAACUUUAAGUCCGGCAUACCAUCGAGCAAGGAGUACAUGCACACCAAAUACGGCUGUGAUGAAGUAUUGGUCGGUCGUGCCGGCUUCCUGUCUGGUUGCUAUUGGCUAAACGAUGUGUUGCCAGAAAAGAAGAUCACCGACGACGAUCUAGUAUCGAUAUGCCAACUGAUCAUAACCAGUGGACGUGAGUACAGUAAAAUGAACAACUCACCUUUGCCGUUGAUGUAUCAAUACCAUGGCACUGAAUAUCUGGGCGCUGCCCACGGUCUGUGUGCCAUCCUACAUAUGCUGCUAGACAGUCCAUGGUUCCGUACAGUGCCCAUUUCGGCGCCUGCAGCUGAGCUGCGCGACAUCAAGCGCUCCAUUGACUUCUUUUUGGAGCUGCAAGAUUCAGAUGGCAACUUUCCGGUUGCCCUGGAGGACUUGCGGUCGGGUCGUGACAAGCGUCUGGUGCAUUGGUGUCAUGGCGCUCCUGGUGCUGUCUAUUUGCUGGCCAAAGCCUACUUAAUAUUCAAGGAGGAGAAAUAUUUGACAUCGCUACGACGUGCCGCUGACUUGGUGUGGAAAAAGGGAUUUCUCCGCAAGGGACCUGGUAUCUGUCAUGGUGUGGCUGGCAACGGCUAUGUCUUUCUGUUAAUGUUCCGCUUAACAAACGAAAUGAAGUACCUGUACCGUGCGCACAAGUUCAUGGAAUUGCUCACCAAUUCAGAGUUUAAGCAACGCGCUCGCGUACCCGAUCGUCCGCACAGUCUGUACGAAGGUGUGGCUGGCACCGUCUGCUUCUUGGUGGAUCUACUGGAACCCGAGCAGGCAUACUUCCCAUUUAUGGAUGUCUUUCACUAAAACACUAAACAACCCCUAAACCAACCUCAGUCGCUCAUACACAACACCAGUGCAGACAAAUCAAAAUAACUUUCAGAUCAGGGAGUUAAAAUUUUAACAUUUUUUUAAUAGGUUUUUCUAGUCAUUUAUAUAUUUUGUUUGCUUCUGGUUGUUGAUGUUCUUCAUGGCUUGCGCAUUAUGAUCGAUCUCAUGAACCUCAGUGUCCAGCUCACUUUAUUGAGUGGACCCCUCACGCCUGGCGAUUGCCUCGAACACACCGAACGCAGGAUGUUCCACUCAUUCUCAUAUCAAAAUUCUCUGUGCUUUAAGCUAAGCAAUUAAUUAACAUACACACAAUAUACACAUACAAAUAUACAUACAAUAUAUUAUAAUAUAUACAUACACAAGCAUAUUAUAUUUAUAUACAAAUACUUACGAGACAGGCAGUCUCUUAUACAUAAACAUAUUGUGCUUUAUACUUAAUGAAGAGCUCUAAAUUCUAUUGUCAAUAAAAUUGUACUAUUUUAUAUGAAAUACAUACAACAUGAACAUAUGCAUAACAAUA